AUGGCAGCAGCUUCGACGUCCCUCGGCACCUCGUCGCCGCGGACACUGGAACCAAACCGUGAACCCAGCACAAGAUUCACAGCCGAGGCAUCCUCGUCGAGCGCCAUGGACUCGAGGCCGGUGUGGCGUGAUCUGGAUGGCGAGGAGGACGUGGUCGACCUGGACUCCCCGUGGGCGGCGGUGGCUGAGGCGGAGUCAAGGCUGGAGGAGGCCGCCUCGGCGGCGGAAGCUCGCUGUUGCGCUGAGGAUGAAGCUGGGGUGGAUGAUAUACAAGACAACCUGAAGCGACAGGAGGACGAGCUACUGGCAUUGGAAGCAAUAUAUGGAGACGACCUUGUUGAAUUUCAGAGCAAAACAGGGCUCCGCUAUUUUCAGAUUUACAUACGUUAUGAUUUGCCUGACGGCGCUAAAGUGUGCGCUAAGUUUUCUUCAGCCAAUGGAGACGGAGAAUGUCCUUAUGAUUGCGCAGAGCAACAUGAGGAUAAACAAGAUGACUUCUACUCAUGCAACCUUGAGCGCCUGCCCCCUUUGAUAUUGACAUGCUUGCUUCCGCAGUCCUAUCCUAGCAAAGACCCCCCGUAUUUCACCGUCACCGCUAAAUGGAUGGAUGGGCCUAAUGUUUCUAAGCUCUGUGAAAUACUUGACACCAUCUGGGCAGAGCUGCCGGGGCAAGAAGUGGUGUAUCAAUGGAUUGAGUGGAUACGCAGUUCUUCGUUGCCACACCUCGGGUUCGAUAACAAAAUAACGUUGGGUCCAGAUAUUUCUACACAGAAGGGAGAUAAACGUGCGAUCUCGAGAAGCCUCUCAUUGGUGUCUGUAAUCCCUUCAAUUCUCAGCUACAGUAGUAACAAGUGCAAUCAAAUUUUUCUUGAGGAUCUCCACAUGUGCAUGAUUUGCCUCAACCAGAGUAAAGGUUCAAACUUCAUCAAGCUUCCGUGUGAGCAUAUGUUUUGUUUCAAGUGCAUGGAGACCUUAUGCAGGAUGCAUGUGAAGGAAGGUACUUUGUUCCAGUUGGUAUGCCCUGACACUAAGUGCAGUGCUUCAAUUCCACCGUAUUUGUUGAAGAGGCUUCUCGGCGAGGAAGAAUUUGAACGCUGGGAUAAGCUUACGCUUGAGAAAGCAUUGAACUCGAUGUCAGACGUGGUCCACUGUCCAAGGUGUGCAAUCAGUUGUGUGGCAGAUGAAUAUAGCAAUGCGCAAUGCCAAAAAUGUUUCUUGGUAUUCUGCUCGCUGUGCAAGGACCCACGCCAUCCAGGGAAGCCGUGUCUAACUCUGGAAGAGAAGUUCCAGCGACAUCAGGCAUCAGGCAAGAUGGCCGCAAGGGGGAUGGUGGAGGAAAUGCUGAGCUUACAAAUGCUUUACAGUGAUGCUAGAUCAUGUCCCAAAUGUAGAAUGACCAUCAGCAAAACUGAAGGAUGCAAUAAAGUGGUGUGUAUCAGCUGUGGUCAGGCAUUCUGCUUCAUCUGUGGCAAGGCUAUCAUCGCUGGCUAUUCCCAUUUCGAACGGAACUGCGACCUCUACGAGGAGAAAGAAAAGGACACAACAGAUUGGCGGAAGAAAUUGGAUCAGCUAGAAGCUAGAAACCGGCGACGAGCUCAAAGUCAACCGGUAGGCAGUACUGUAAAAUGUCCGAAAUGCCGUCUAAAGAUUCACAAGGCUAAUGAAAAAUAUAUUUUCUGCUGGUCGUGUCAAGCCAGCUAUUGCACGUUGUGCAGAAAGGAGGUCCAGUUUAGUGGGUUUCGGAGCGAGCACUGGGGUUCACCGCAGUGCGUGGGGAUAAAGUUCUAGCGCAAAAUGUCCGUUCUUACAAUUUUGCAGAAUAAGUUACAGUUUGUAGAUUAGGACUUCUAUUUUUGUUUAAAAAAUGAAACGGAGGCAAAAUAAUUGUUGUGUCUUGAGUUUCUGAUGAGUUGAUUAUAAGCAAGGUUGGGUGAAAACGAA